UUAUGUACGCAGUGGUGUAAGAUUCUUGAACAUGUUACGGCUGAGGGACGUUCUGUAAUCCUGAUCUUCUACCUGCUGCCGAGUUCAUUAACUAUUCAACACCUUGCUGAGAGCUGUAGACUGGAUUUGGUUACAUUCAUAACAGAGCAGUAUUAAGCCUGUUCUUGAUCGGGUCGGGUUAUGGGUCAAAACAUGGAAUCUGUGCUGACUUUUUGCCGAAGUUACUCUUUCACCUUUUUGCUUCUCUGUUACUUCCUCUACAUGAUUAUCGGUGCAGUUAUUUUCAUGGUGCUUGAGCAACCUGAACAGGAUGCGCUUGUUGCUGAAGUACAUGAACGUCGGAGGAGGUUUUUAGAGGACAACCAGUGUGUGAAAGAAAGUAGUUUGGAUGGUUUACUGAAGAAGGUGCUUUUUGCUGGAAAACGUGGGGUAACUGUAAAGGCAGACAGUGACGAGUAUAACUUUGACUUCACUUCAUCGCUGUUUUUUGUCAUAACUUUUCUCACGACUACAGGUUAUGGUACCACUGUUCCAUUGUCAGAUGAGGGCCGAGUGUUUUGUAUGCUUUACUGUGUCUUCGGUAUUCCUCUCACCUUCCUCCUGCUCUCGUCCGUCACCCAUGCCCUGGUGCCCAGAGUGAGUCGUGCUCCCAUACGCCACCUUCACAUCUACUGGGGUCUGUCUCGCAGCAAGGCUGCCCUAAUUUACUGCGGGAUAUUAGCAGUGUGCACAGCGGCACUGUUUUUCCUGCUGCCUGCUGCCAGUCUCUGUCUGUUGGAGGAAGACUGGAGCUUUCUAGAGUCUUUCUACUUUUGCUUCAUUUCGCUCAGUACCAUCGGGUUGGGAGAUUAUCUGCCUGGACAGAUGCACAGCCGGGCUGCGCGGCAAGCACUGGAAUUCGCCACCUCCUGUUACUUGAUACUCGGUCUUGUUGUCUUGCUGGUCGUUAUGGAGAGCUUCUGGAAGCUUCAGCAAGUGCAGGCCUUGGUGCGUCUCUUUGUUGGGUCUACAGCAGCGUCACUAAAAGAAGAUGAUCUUGAGGAGCUAGUGCUCGGUGAAUGGCCAGACAGCCAUGAUAUUCCAACAGCGGCUGUUCAGUUUAGACCCCCUAUCUCCAUCAUCUCACACCGCAUGUCUGACUCACCAGCAUCCCCUUCUGUGGAGGAUGCAUGUACAUCAUUUACAGCAAAAGCGGCAACUUAUAAGAAGACCGUGUGUCCGCAACAUCAGCCAGACACUGAUCCAGACCCAGCUGAUCAAAACAACUGAUUACCAAAAUCAAAUGUCUUUAAACACGGUCACUAAAUUUAUAUACACAAGAAAGAAGUGACAGAGCAAAUGUUUCUCGUUCCAGGGAUUUAAACCAAAGCCUUCCUGAUGCGCCACUGACACUUUGAUCAUCUCAAGGAUUUAUUUUAAUUGAAAAAUGUUGCACAGUGUUGCCAGUGUUUGAGAUUAUACAGGAAUUUCCUGUAUAAGGAAUUUUUCCUGGAAUUAAUUUUGUCUGCAUCAAGAUCAGUUCCCCAAAUUGUUAAAGAAAAUACUUUUCUUUGUACUUUAUUUUCCAUUUAUAGUUUCAAUCCCAUUAUGAGCACAAACAAUAGAGACCUUGACUACGUUCUUCAAUACAUUAAUGUUAAAUUAACUGCAUUUUAUACAGAUGUCCAGAGUAAACUUGUAACAUGUUCCAGUAUUUUCUUUUAGUGUUUAGAGAAGUUCUGUAGUUAGUCAUUUCAGAACUUUGUCUUUGUGCUUAAGGCUGUAAGAGUUCAACUCCAGUACAUUAGAGGCAGCAAUGUGGCAUGAUUUAUUUUCUAUCCAACAAUCACUAAACAAUUGGUACAAAAUUGGUAGGCAGUUAAAGGCCCAAGCAAUGACGCUUGCUAGGGUUGUGAGACACCAAAACCACCUUAGCAAGCUUAGAAGCUUAGAGUGAAUAACAAUGGUUUAUAACAGCGGUUUAUACAAAGCUCAUAGACUCUGUGGUUUAUAAAAACAGCA